GCGCAAACGUGCAAAGUGCUAAGUGCGUAGUGCGAUUUAAUAUGUCAAAUUAAAUAGCCCACACUUUUUCCAAAAGCCCACUAACCACUUUAUUCAAUAACUAAAGUGGAAAGCAAACUUAAAAACAACUUGUAGUUUCCUUCUCCCACCAAUGUGCUAUUUCCUUUACUCUUUGACUACUCUAACAUCAACCAGUUUGCGGAUCUGACCAACGAGGAGUUCAGAACUACCAGGAACAGGUUCAAGGGCCACAUGUGCUCCCAGCAACGGGGAACCUUCAGGUACAAAAAUGCGAGCGGCGUGCCAUCCACCAUGGAUUGGAGGAAGAAGGGAGCCGUCACUCCGGUGAAAGACCAAGGCCAGUGCGGAUGCUGCUGGGCGUUCUCGGCCGUGGCGGCGGUGGAAGGAAUUAAUCAGCUUAGUACGGGAAAACAAGUGUCCCUCUCGGAACAAGAGUUGGUCGACUGUGACACCAGUGGGGAGGACCAAGGCUGCAAUGGCGGCUUGAUGGAUGAUGCUUUCGAGUUCAUCAUCCAGAACAAGGGCUUGACCACCGAGUCCAACUACCCUUACACCGCAGCGGAUGGAUCCUGCAGUGCCAGCAAACAAGGCAACCACGCCGCUGACAUCAAGGGGUAUGAAGACGUGCCGGCCAACAGUGAGCCCGCAUUUCUAAAGGCUGUGGCGAAUCAACCCAUUUCGGUCGCGAUUGAUGUAGGGGAUUCCUCGUUCCAGUUCUACGAGAGUGGGGUCUUUACCGGGGAGUGUGGUACUGAACUGGACCAUGGUGUGACGGCCGUUGGGUAUGGCGUUAGCGGCGGGAUGUAGUUAUGGUUGGUGAAGAACUCUUGGGGGACUCAGUGGGGAGAAGAAGGAUACAUCCGUAUGCAGAGAGAUGUUUCUGCCGAGGAAGGUCUUUGUGGCAUUGCUAUGCAGGCUUCUUACCCUACUGCUUGAUGAUCUUGCUGCUCAUAUAGCUACAACUUAUGCAAACUUAAUUGUCCUAUUGUAUGCUGACCUUGAUCAUUGCUAUGUUGCAAUUAUUACUGGAGUAUGUGGCUAAGGUAUUAUCUUGUACAAAUGUUUCUCUGUAUUGUAAUAUAAGAUGGAUAUAAUGAAAAUUGAAUGUUGGG